CAGUUUCGUCGACACCGUCAACCGAAGCAGCAACCAUGACUGGACGUGGAAAGGGAGGCAAGGGACUCGGCAAGGGAGGCGCCAAGCGUCAUCGCAAGGUGCUGCGCGACAACAUCCAGGGCAUCACCAAGCCGGCCAUCCGCCGUCUGGCCCGCCGCGGCGGAGUCAAGCGUAUCUCCGGCCUCAUCUAUGAGGAGACCCGCGGCGUGCUCAAGGUGUUCCUUGAGAACGUGAUCCGCGACGCCGUCACCUACACAGAGCACGCCAAGAGGAAGACCGUCACCGCCAUGGACGUCGUCUACGCCCUCAAGCGCCAGGGCCGCACCCUCUACGGCUUCGGCGGCUAAGCUGUUACCACAUCCAACAGCUGAAAUCGGCCCUUUUCAGGGCCACCCAAAUUUUUCUCGUUUAAUGACAAAAGCAAGAAC